AUGUUCAAGAUUGCCCUAGUGCUGGCUGUGGCCGCCUGCUGCGUGAGUGCCGCCCCCAAGGCCGGCCUCGCCCCCCUGGCCUACUCCGCCCCCCUGGUGGCCGCCGCCCCCGUGGCCUACGCCGCCCCCGCUCCAGCCGUCGUGACGGCGCACAGCUCGCAGUACAUCGCUCAGAACUUCAACGGACUCGCCUUGGCCGCCACCGCCCCCGUCGUCGCAGCCGCCCCUGCCAUUGUACUGCUGCUGGCUGCGGCCGCAUGCUGCGUGAGCGCCGCCCCCAAAGCCGGCCUCGCCCCCCUGGCCUACUCUGCCCCGCUGGUGGCCGCCGCCCCCGUGGCCUACGCCGCCCCCGCGCCGGCCGUCGUGACGGCGCACAGCUCGCAGUACAUCGCGCAGAACUUCAACGGACUCGCCGUGGCCGCCGCCGCCCCAGUCGUCGCCGCCGCCUACCACGCAGCCCCCGUCGUUGCUGCUGCAUACCACGCUGCUCCGGCGAUACUCGGCUGA